CUUCGCUUUCCCUCGUCACUGUCGCCCGUUUUUCACAUCUCCUCCCUGCCAUUGUCCAUCAUAUCUUCCUCUAUCCCCUUCAAAAUGUUCCAAAGAACCUUCCUGAGACAGGCCCAGGCCGCCCGGUCCGUCCUUUCCGUCCGUUCUUCCGCCUCGACGCUCCGUCGCACGUCACAGUUGCAGCCGCAGCUCCCGGCUUUCCGUCCGCUCGCCCGUCAGCCUGCCUACCGUUUCUACUCGACAGAGAACAAGGCCGAGAACGGCAAGGAGGAGCAGAAGGAGGGCGAGGGAGAGUCCGAUCCUCUGCGCGCGGAGCUCGAAAAGAAGGAGAAGGAGGUUGUUGAGUUGAAGGACAAAUAUGUCCGCUCCGUGGCCGACUUCCUCAACCUCCAGGAGCGCACCAAGCGCGACAUGGACAGCGCCCGCAACUUCGCCAUCCAGCGUUUCUCGAUUGACCUGCUGGAGAGCAUUGACAACUUCGACCGCGCCCUGCUCGCCGUGCCGGCCGAUAAGCUCAGCGCCGCGGCUACCGAGUCCAACAAGGACCUGCUGGACCUGGUCGACGGCCUCAAGAUGACUCAGAACAUCCUGAUGAACACCCUGCAGAAGCACGGCCUCCAGCGCUUCGACCCCAGCGCCCCGACCGAGGAGGGCAAGACCCAGAAGUUCGACCCCAACCUGCACGAGGCCACCUUCAUGGCCAAGGCCGAGGGCAAGGAGGACGGCGAUAUCAUGUACACCCAGAGCAAGGGCUUCAUGCUGAACGGCCGUGUCAUCCGCGCUGCCAAGGUCGGCGUUGUCAACAACAACUAAACCCAAUGACCAUCUCCCAUCAUACUCGACACCUCAACCCCCCUUCUUCACACCCUCUGUAUAAUAUACCAGAUCCACCGCCAUGACGGGCAUCAAUUGGCCCACCUACCCUAUCCUAUCCUAUCUCUCUCCCCCUAUCUAUGAUGCAUGUGUAUGAUACACCUCUAUUAUGUGUUGAUCACUAUUAUUGUCCGCGAAUGGAGGCGUCCGGCUGUCCUUUCGCAUACCUUUUUUUCUUUCCGGUCUUUUGGCGUUUUAACCUCCCUCCUCCCUACUCUGUAUAAUACACAAUGAUCCUGUGUUCUUGGUAAUGUCUUGCUCUCUGUAUUUCUUAAAACAAAAAGUGUUGGUGUUCGUUGGAGCUUGACUUGGUUGUGGUAUGUAUGUAUGCAUGUAUGCAUGUGAUCAUGCACUUUGCAUGACUUGGAUCAAUUCUAUCAUAUGUUUGGAUCUGGCAGUCUUUUGACCUACCAUACAUUUAAUCAC